GAAGUGAGUAUCAUGGACGAGAAGAACAUCCCCAUCAGGACGUACCAAGUUUGUAACGUCUUACAACCCAAUCAGAACAACUGGCUGAGGACGGACUGGAUCGCCAGAUCUGGUGCUCAGCGGGUUUACGUGGAGGUCAAGUUUACACUUAGAGACUGCAACAGCCUGCCUGGGGUCACCGGCACCUGCAAGGAGACGUUCAAUCUGUACUACCACGAGUCCAACGAAGACAGGGAGAACUUCAUCAAAGAGAGCAGCUUCAUUAAGGUGGACACGGUGGCGGCCGAUGAGAGUUUCACUCAGGUGGACGUUGGAGACCGAAUCAUGAAACUCAAUACCGAGGUCCGUGACGUAAAGGUGACAAACAGGAAAGGCUUCUACUUGGCCUUUCAGGAUGUGGGCGCCUGCAUCGCCUUGGUGUCCGUGCGUGUUUUCUACAAAACCUGCCCCCUGACUAUUCGGAACCUGGCAACCUUCCCAGACACGGUGACAGGGGCUGACACUUCCUCCUUAGUGGAGGUCAGGGGAUCCUGCGUGGACCAAUCAGAAGAGAGGGAAGAGCCUAAAAUGUACUGCGGUGCAGAUGGAGAGUGGCUGGUUCCUAUUGGUGGAUGUCUUUGUAACCCGGGAUACGAAGAAAAGGGAAGUUCAUGCAAAGCGUGUCCUGCUGGUUUCUACAAGUCAAGGUCAUCUGAUGCAGGAUGCUCCAAGUGUCCUCCACACAGCUAUUCACUUCGAGAAGGGUUGACGGUUUGUGACUGCCAUUCCGGAUACUUCCGAGCUGAUGGCGACCCUCCCUCCAUGGCUUGUUCCCAGCCUCCAUCAGCUCCGCAGCAACUGAUCUCGGUAGUGAACGAGACCUCCGUGGUUUUGGAGUGGAGCCCCCCUCGCCGAUUAGGUGGUCGUAGCGACAUCAGCUACAGCCUGGAGUGUCUCGUUUUGGCCUCAGGCGCUCAGCUGUGCCAGCCCUGCAGCUCAGACGUGCUCUUCUCUCCAGACCAGACGGGCCUGAGGGGUACCCGAGUGGUUGUGAGCGAGCUCAGAGCUCAUACUCACUACACGUUCAUCGUGCAGGCACGCAACGGGGUCUCCCAGGGUGCUGCUGCUGGGGCAGCCCAGAGCGUGUCUGUCUCUGUAACCACCAAUCAAGCUGCUCCCUCCCCUGUGUCAUCCAUUCACGUCACCGACGUGACGAGGCAUACACUGUCAUUGUCAUGGCAACAGCCAGAUCAACCCAAUGGGGUCAUCCUAGAAUAUGAGGUCAAGUUUUAUGAGAAGGAUCAGAGGGAGAGGUCGUACCGCAUAAUGAGGACGUUUUCCCGAAGCGUGGAAGUCACGGGACUCAACCCGCUCACCGUCUACGUGUUUCACGUGCGGGCUCGCACCGCCGCCGGAUAUGGAGAGUUUAGUACUCCGUUUGAAUUUGCCACCAAUUCAGAUCCCUUCCCUCUGAUUGGAGAAGGCGUCAACUCUGCCUUCCUCUUGCUGUCCGUGAGCGGUGUUGGAAUUCUUUUGCUUAUAUCUGCAGCCAUUUUCAUUAUUAGUCGCAGGAGGAACAAGUACAGUAAAACCAAGCAAGACUCAGAGGAGGAGAAACAUCUUAAUCCGGGAGUAAAGAUCUACGUGGACCCGUUCACCUACGAGGACCCCGAUCAAGCCAUCCAUGAGUUUGCCAAGGAGAUUGACGUGAGCUGCAUUCACAUCGAGAGAGUAAUCGGCAUGGGAGAGUUUGGCGAGGUGUGCAGCGGCCGCUUACGUGUGCAGGGGAAGCGAGAAGUCUACGUUGCCAUUAAAAGCCUGAAGGCAGGAUAUUCGGACAAACAGAGGCGGGACUUCUUGUCCGAGGCGUCCAUCAUGGGGCAGUUUGACCACCCCAAUAUCAUUAGGCUGGAGGGGGUUGUUACCAGAUGUAAACCACUGAUGAUCAUAACGGAAUACAUGGAGAAUGGAUCACUGGACGCUUUUCUUCGGAAACAUGACGGCCAGUUCACUGUUAUCCAGCUGGUGGGAAUGUUGCGUGGCAUCGCCUCAGGCAUGAAGUACCUGUCAGACAUGAGCUACGUUCACCGUGACCUCGCGGCUCGAAACAUCCUGGUCAACAGCAACCUUGUGUGUAAGGUGUCCGACUUCGGUCUGAGUCGGGUUCUGGAGGAUGACCCGGAAGCCGCGUACACCUCAAGGGAAACCCUUGGUACUUACCUUUCCCCUGGCGGGAAGAUCCCCAUCAGGUGGACGGCUCCAGAAGCCAUCGCCUACAGAAAGUUCACCACAGCCAGUGACGUGUGGAGUUACGGCAUUGUCAUGUGGGAGGUGAUUUCUUAUGGCGAGAGGCCCUACUGGGACAUGAACAACCAGGAUGUGAUCAAAGCAAUUGAUGAGGGCUACCGCCUGCCUGCUCCCAUGGACUGCCCUGUGGUUCUGCACCAGCUAAUGUUGGAUUGCUGGGAACGAGACCGAGCUGAAAGACCCACUUUUAGCCAGAUUCUCAACAUGCUGGAUAAGCUAAUUCGGAACCCCGGGACUCUGCGCAGAACUGGAGUGGAAAGGAGUGCAAGAGAAGAAACUGCUUUUUCAGUCUUGUCUGUGUGUGUGCCCAAAUGGUCGCUCUGUGAGUGGCUGCAGUCCAUUGGCUUGGAGAGGUACGCCGAGACGCUACUGGCGGGAGGAUACUCCAGCCUUGACAACCUACUGGCACUCACACACCAGGAGAUGGACAGACUUGGAAUCCUCAGCCCAUCACACCAGGACAUACUAGUCGCCAGUAUACAGCAAGAAAUGUUGUCUCAAAUGCAGCACAUGCAACACACGAUGGUUCCCGUGUGA